AUGGACACGGUUAGCCAUGUCAUUCUCCCUCGAGGUGAUGACACACCUAUAUCGCCUCGAUCAGUUCAAGCAGUGGUUGUCAGUGUUGUGUUCACGACGAUGGCGACAUGCCUCGUCAGUGCACGUCUCUAUACGAGGAUUCAUAUCAUCCACCGGAUCGAAUCGAAUGAUUUGAUGGUCAUUGCUGCUUUGACAUUCAGAGGCAAAAUACGGCAUGGGCAAGCACAUGGCGGACAUCCCGCCAAAGAUUCUCACCAAGCAGAUGAAAGCAUUCUGGCUCACCAUCCCCUUUUACAACGCAGCAGUCAUCUGCGCCAAAGCCUCGAUUCUGCUGCAGUACUUUCGCGUCUUCCCGACAAAGAGAAUGCGCAUCGCCUGCUGGGCGAUGCUCUUCGUGCUCGCUUCGUACGGCACAUGGGCGGUCGUGAGCGCGUUCCUCAACUGCAUCCCCGUGUCCAAGUUCUGGGCGCCCGAGACGCCGGGAUACUGCCUGAGCAUGAAGGGACUGUGGUUCUCGAACGCCAGCAUGCACAUCACGACCGAUCUGGCGAUUCUGAUUCUGCCCAUUCCGGCGCUCAGCACGUUGGACCUGCCGAAAAGGCAGAAGAUUGCGCUGAUGGGCAUUUUUGCCGUGGUGUCUGCAUAACAAGCAUCAUCCGUCUAGUCAGCCUCAAAGUAAUCGCCGACUCUUCCGAUCCAACUUACGACAACGUCGGAGCAGCAACCUGGUCCUCCAUCGAAUGCAACACAGGCAUCAUCUGCGCCUGUCUGCCAACCCUCCGCCCACUAAUCUCGCGCAUCCUGCCCCGGUUCCUGUCAUCGCUGAGCGGCAGCCGGUCCCAAUCCAAAUCCCAGUCUCACCGGCGCCUAGACGACGAGAACAACCGCGCUACGCCGACGUACCGGAACAACGGCACGCAGCCGUCAGCUGCUCCCGAGGAAUAUGCUAAUGCUGAAGACGAUGAGUACAGAGUAGAGGUAGUCACCAUCGAGCCGCUGAUGCCAGGGAUGCCGCGAAUCACGCGCGACGGGACGAUUGAGUUUCCCAAACCGGUGCAUGUCGAAACUGAAGAAAGGGAGAAGGAGAAGAGAGGGUCGUCUCGUUAG